AUGAGGCAGGGGUGCGGGUUGCCCCCAUUGGGCGCGGGGAGGGCGUACGCGCUGGGUUUCCGGCAUGGCGUCCGCGGGGAGCGGCCGGGGCUGGCUGCUGACGCUGUGUGCGGUGCUUGUGUGCCAGGCCGGUGCCGCCAUGGACAACCUCGUUUCUGUGGACUACGAGGUCUUCGGCAAGGUGCAGGGCGUCUUCUUUCGCAAGCACACGCAGGCCGAGGGGAGGCAGCUGGGGCUGGUCGGCUGGGUCCGGAACACAGAGCGCGGCACUGUGCAGGGGCAGGUGCAGGGCCCAGCCGCCGCUGUGCGGCAGCUGCAGCAGUGGCUGCGGGACACAGGCAGCCCCAAGUCCCGCAUCGACCGAGCCGAGUUCCGCAACGAGAAAAAGGUGGCGACGCUGCAGUAUGAGGACUUCCUCAUCCGGAAAUAACCGCCGGCGAUGGGAGCGCAGCCUGGGUCGGCCCGGCCGCUCGCCUGCGGGGACUGGUAGUGAGACCGGGUUCUUUGGGGAAAUGUGAUAUAUAAAUUUAGUCAGUCUAAUCCAAGAUAUCACAUUUCCCCAAAGGACCUGGUCUGGCUGUGUUGUUAAACUAGCACUGCUACAGCCAACCCCUGGGCCUUGCGUUUUGUUGUAUCUUGUUACUGUAUUUAAGGUAUCCGUUUGUCAUGCUGCUAGGUGCACCCUGGCACUUCCUGCAUGUGUGCACAUGGGAGAGUCAGACUGUGCUCAAUAAAGGUCUCACUCAGACACCCAG